UCCGUGUUCAGUCUCGCCCUGCCCUGUUGAUUCUCCUCUCAGGUCAUAAACGAUGGAGAGAAUCUCCCAGUCAUUUGCUCUCAGCUCUGCUGGCAGCAGGUGGCUCCUCCUCACUGACCGGACAAACACCUGGGAUCCUGGCAGGUUUUACCUCUGACAGCUCUAGAGAGAACAGCAGCAGUUUAUCAGUAUUUAGUUAUUUUAGCGCCUGUUCUGUUCAAACCAACGGAGACGACUGAAGGGAAAUGGAAAAGGAGAAAGUUUUCACUCUUCUAGUGGCUCUGAGUUUAAUCUGCCCCUCCGACUGCCAAGAUCGGAGGAACGUGACAGCAGAACCGGGUCAGAACGUGGUUCUGCCAUGUAGAGCUGCUGGAACCAAACGGCUCAUCGCUGUGGAGUGGAGCAGAUCUGAUCUGGGGUCAGAUUAUGUUCUCCGCUACAGAGACGAGCGUCUGGACGAGGAGAACCAGAACCCGUCCUUCAGAACCCGGGUGGCUCUGCUGGACGGAGCGGUGAAGGAGGGAAACGUGUCUCUGGUUCUGAAGAACCUGACGGCCGACGACUCCGGAGCGUAUGAGUGUCGAGUCGCCCAGAGAGGAGCAGGAGAAGCUAACGCUAACAUGAAACUCAUCAGCACCGUCUACCUGGACGUAGCUCCGCCCCCUCCGCCAGGGAACCGAGAUGAAAGCAGAAACUCUGGAGCCAGAAACCUUCACCUGGGGCUGAUAGGAGUUAUUUUAAUCAUUGUUCUGAUUGCUGUCGCCUCGGUUCUGGUUCUCACCUGAAGGGAACCAAACAGCUGAGGAGUGAAAACCAUCUGAUUCCUGUCAGUUUGGCUUCAGUUGCUCCAAUAAUCUGAACAGAGAAAGUUUUCCUUCAAACAAAUGAAUCUUAUUGUGGACUUGAAUUUCUCGGUAGUUUCAUCUUCCUUGGUUGCAUCAGUUUCUGGUGUGAUCAGCACCAACAGGUUCUUCCUGCCAGAACAACCAGAUGAGCUGGAGAUGCGUUAAUUAAAACCUCAGAGCUGGUUGUGUUUCUGCAGAGACGCUGUAACGUUCAGACAGGAAACGCAGCAGAACUGAGUUUUAUCCUCCUGACGUCUCAGAAACAAAAUGAGUUCAGAGGAAAACUGGAUCCUUUCCUCACCAGGUUUACCUCCCGUCUGCUUUCAGUUACUGUCACAACAAAGAAUGAAGUAUUAAACAUGAGACACUUUACAGACAGCAGGUUCUGUGAGCAGCAGCAUUUUAUAGGAGUUUUAAAAUGUUUAAAACUUUCUGAAUUUUUCUUCUUGUUAAUCCGUUAAAGAUCCAGAUUCCCUCUGAGUCAAAACGUAGCAGCUUUAUUAGCAACACAACACAUUAACAAUCAUCACUCACAGCAAUAAUCGCUGCUGGAACAACGUAAAUGCUGCAGUGGAACAUAAAUAUGGAACAUGUUCUGGAUAAAUCGGAUCUAUUAUUGGUGAUUUGUUGUCAUUUUACCAGCUUUUCCUCUGACUGUCGGCUCAGAAACACAUCAAAGCUCCAAACGUUAAAGAUGAUUUAAAAAUGCU